UCACAAUCAUUUAGGUUUGGAAGUUAGUGUCGAUGCAAUAGAACAACCAAAGAUUGGUGCAGCUGUUGAUGGUUGAAUAAAAUGUCAAAUGGGAUAAUUUAGAUACCAUAAUUUUCGCAAGAUAACAACUCAUUUCCAACAUACCACAGCAUCUCCGCCAAAGAGUAACCAGAAUCUCAAGACAUCUGAAGACAAAGCAAAAUAUCAAAUUUCAUCAAAUCCAAAAUUCUGUGCCAAGCAAUCACGAAGUAUUUCAAGACACGAAUUCCAAAGAUUCAACUUAUCCUAUAGCACCAUACUCCCAAGAUAUAACCGAAGGUAACCAAAGGUAACCUGGUUAGGCAAAUAUAACCAAGGUACCACAAGAAAUCCAGCAGACCUAAGAGGGGUAACCCAAGCUAACCCAAGAACCACAACACAUAACCCAAUGAAGAACCGCAAACGUAUCUAUGUGAUAUCGAUGAUUGCGAUCAUAAUAUUCUUGCUCAGAUCUUUCCCAAAGAUGGACAUCUCAACAUGGAGCUUGCUGCUCAUGAACAACGACGAAGCUAACUUCUUACGAACGUGGGCUAGAGUACAACGUGCCCAGUUAGACGUCGAUGAACUGUUGGGCUCCUGUAAGAAAUGCUCAGAGAACAAGUGUAAAAACCAAGAUCCUUACCAAAGAACUGACGUGAAAGCCAGUUCUAUAUCUGGGCAGAUUCUUCAAGUUAGCGGUGAUUUUAGUCGAGUAUUUAUUAAGACUAGGAAUGCUACUGGUUUUUAUCGCACUAGUGGUGGCGAUGGCUGGCAGGUGUAUUUAAAAGGACCAUCUGUUCUCACUGCCAGUGUAUUUGAUCUUGGGAAUGGUACCUAUGAGGUUGUAUUCUUACCUGUGGUACCUGGAGAGUAUAAACUUUAUGCGAACCUUAUUUAUACUGCGUGUAUUGGAAUAAAGAAACCACCGGAAACGCAUAAAAGUUUAGGUAGGUCGAUAGUAAAGUGUCGUUGUUUAGCUCUGAAUUACACACGUAAAAACGCACAAGUUGUAACAAACCUGCAGCAGACUUGUAGCAAUGCUGUUCUAACAACUUGUCAACAGGAUGUGUUCGCACUGCUUGUUCCCAGCUUGUUGACAACUUGCUACAAGGUUGUUGAGCUCAACACACUUGUUACAAGUUGUUCCAACAACUUGUUAUCGUCCUGCAAUUCAACAAUUUGUCGACAAGUUGUGAGUGACAAGCUUGUAGCAACUUGAUAAAAUAACAGCAUUGCACAUCUUGUUGCGGACAAGUUGCGAGAUUUUUACGUCGGUUCAGUUCAAACACAAACUACGGAAACUAAAGUGGUUUUUGUUUUCGAUUUUCAGGCAAGAUGAAAUAUAGUGUUGAAAUUCUGAAAGGAAAAGGCGAUUCUCUUCUUCACCGUAAGUAAAUAUUCAUCCGUGUUACGGAUCAUUCCAGUGUCAACACUGAGAAUUCCCAUUGUAGACUAAUUUUAAAACUAGGCAAAGAGAUGCAAAUAAAUCACCACAGCUAGAAAGAGCAUACUAAAAUUAGUAAAAUUACAAAGUUUGGUUGCGAAAUGUUGUAAAAUGCGGAAAAUAUGGCUUUGCAAAUUCGCAAAAUUUGUAUACUUUUGUAUUGCGUGCGGAAAUUGCUACCGCGUUUGGACCGGAAAUGGUAGCAAUUUCCGCACGCAAUACAAAAGUAUACAAAAUUUGCAAACUUUGCAAGGCUACAUUUUCCGCAUUUUACAACAUUUCGCAACCAAACUUUGUAAUUUUAUUAAUUUUAGUAUACUCUUUCUAGCGGUGGUGAUUUAUUUGCAUCUCCUUGCCUAGUUUUAAAAUUAGUCUAUAAUGGGAAUUGUCUACUGAACAUUAUUUAUAUUUCAUUCAAUUCUUAUAGGACUCCAAUACCACAUGAAAUUCCGUGAUUGUUACGGCACGAGCGCGUUGUUUCAGUAUCACAUUUGUUACGGCUGUUGUCGAGGUUGCAGCUUUGUUUGGAAUGGCUUGGGCACUUGGGAGAAUGUCAGAGGUUACUUGAAGUGGAGACCUUACAUCAAAAUUGAUGGUAACAUUCACUUUCUUUAUCUAAACACUUUCUUUAUCUAAAGCUACGUUUACACGCUGCGAUUUGUCGGGCCGAUUUUGGUAAAUAAUCGUUGCCCCUUCUUCGACAGUUAGCGAUUUAAACGUUCAAUUGAAACUGUCCGCUCUUUUGUCUGUUUAUAUUAUAGUUUUCUGCGUGCGAAAAGUUUUCAACAACUUUACAACGGAAGAAAAAUCGUUGAAUCGUGAGAAAAAUCUGUGUUUUGCUACAGAUUUUUCUCACGAUUUUGUUAAUCGCAAGGCGCUGACGCGAGUACUCACGACAGGUUAUUUACAUACAGCGAGCCCAACAAAUCGCAGCGUGUAAAGGUAUACCCCAAACACUUUCUCUUUGAGGAAAGAGUCAUCGUCUACCUAUACUAUCCAGGCUCGCGGUUGGUUGAUUAUAACAAUGAAAGACAAUAAAACUAUAGAAAUCGUCUUUCUAAAGAACGAGUCACGAACAAUGAUCAUUUUUGUUUCUGAUAGCCAAUCACAAAACAUGAUCAUUUUCCAGCCAUGUCCCACAGGAAAACAUUUGAAGAAAUGUCGAAAUUUUCAAAUAUUUCCGAAGUAAUUUUGAAAGGUCUAUGCCAGUGUAGCUAGGUAGUGGCAAUAAUAAGAAAGCUUCGGAUGGAUAGGGAUACAACUAAAUGAAAAAUACAAGGAGAACUUCGACGUUUCGAGCGAAGGCCCUUCGUCGUGAAGUUAAUGGCUGGAGAAAUCUUGUGUACGGCCGUGCCAAAAGUUGUGUGGUGUUAGACAGAGUAUAAUAGCAAUGUCGAUAUUGAAAUGAAUAAUAUGAUAAACCUCUUACAUGUACAAAUUUCUAUUUCUCAGACAGGCCCAAAAAGGUGAAGUAUCGUAAACGUGCCAUAAGAAAAAAUGGAACUUUGUGGUUCUUCGGAGAUCCACAAUCACAAAUUUAUAACGCAGUAAAUCAAGGUCCACUUUGUUCUAAGAUCUUUACAAAUUGUAAGU